GAACCAAACAGCCCACCCAAAUUCUUCCCAUUCACCCCCUCUCUCCGAAGCAACCCCGAAUCCGCACGCCAAAACCCAGAUCCCCCGGGGUCUCGUGCUCGCCCCUCGCCCGUUGCUGGAUCCGGCGCCUCGCCCGGCGUCCGGGCGACGGCGGCCCCGCCGGCCAUUGCCGCUCGCUUCGCCUCGCCGCAUUGGGACGCCCAGGGUGUUGCCUUCGCUCGCGGGGUGGAUAUAUGGUAGGAGGAGGAGCAGGAGGUGAUUGGCCGUGGGCGCAGGGGAUGGGCCGGGGGCGGUGGGCCCCGGGGAUCUGCGCGAUGGCGCUGGUCCUGCUCGCGGCGGCGGUGGCUAGAGUCGCCGCGGGAGUUCCCGAUUCCGACGAGCUCGAGCGCGCGUUUCCAAUAGUAGAGCCAGAUUAUGGCCACACUAAACUUCGUCUCUCAGAACAAGGUCUAGAAGCAAUUCGGCGGAUUGAAACUCCUAUCGCCAUUGUUGGUGUCAUUGGUCCGUAUCGAUCCGGAAAGUCUUUUCUCCUUAACCAGCUUCUCUCCUUAUCAUGUGAUAAAGGUUUUGGAGUUGGUCAUAUGCGAGAUACUAAAACCAAAGGUAUAUGGAUUUGGGGUACACCUGUUGAGAUGGAGAUUGAUGGUUCCAAAGUUUCUGUCCUUUAUCUAGACACUGAAGGAUUUGAGAGUAUAGGGAAAUCAAAUGUGUAUGAUGAUAGGAUAUUUGCUUUGGCAACUGUCUUAAGUUCGGUGCUUAUCUACAACCUUCCUGAGACGGUGCGUGAAGCUGAUAUAUCUAGGCUCUCAUUUGCUGUUGAAAUUGCCGAAGAAUUCUACGGAAGAGUGAAGGGCCAAGAUGUUGCUUUUGAGCCAGCAAAGCUUCUCUGGCUUAUCCAGAGAGAUUUCCUCCAAGGAAAAUCUGUUCAACAGAUGGUCAAUGAAGCCCUCCAACGGGUGCCUAAUGAUAAUGGGGACAGAUAUAUUGAUGAGGUCAAUCAAAUAAGAGAUUCUUUGGCAGUUAUGGGCAACAACAGCACUGCUUUUAGCUUGCCGCAGCCACAUCUGCAAAGAACAAAGUUAUGUGACUUGGAGGACAAAGAGCUUGAACCCUUAUAUGUACAAAGGCGGGAGCAAUUAAAGCAGCUUGUUGCAUCCAUUAUAAAACCAAAAAUCGUGCAGGGGAGAACUCUAAAUGGGAAGGACAUUGUGUCUUUCCUGCAGCAGAUUCUUGAGGCUUUGAAUAAAGGUGAAAUUCCAUCAACGGGAUCUCUUGUUGAAAUUUUCAAUAAAGCCAUUCUUGAACGCUGUCUGAAGGUGUAUAGGGAGAAAAUUGAUGGCUUAGGUCUACCAGUACCAGUAGACAAACUGCAGCAAGUUCAUGAGAUGGCAAAUGAUCAAGCUAGAAUAAUCUUUGAUAAGCAGCACUUUGGUAAACAUCAUGCUGCUCAGUCAAUCCUCAAGCUUGAGGAUGAGAUAAAAAAGGUGUACAGAAACUUCCUUCUAGCUAAUGAGUAUCAAUCGUCAAAGCUGUGCGAAGCACGUUUUUCGGAGUGUGAAGAUAAAAUGGACCAUCUUCAAGUCUUGAAGCUUCCAUCAAUGGCAAAAUUUAAUGCAGGCUUUGUUCACUGCAACCAAAGUUUUGUAAGGGAUUGUGUGGGGCCUGCGAAAGAAAGCUAUGAACGUAGAAUGUCAAAGAUGCUUGCCAAGUCCCGUUCUCUUUUUAUCAAGGAGUACAACAACAAGCUCUUCAAUUGGUUGGUGACCUUCUCCUUAGUCAUGGUGGUCGUGGGGCGCUUUGUCAUUAAGUUCUUCUUACUUGAAAUUGUUGCCUGGGUGAUGUUUAUCUUCCUGGAGACGUACACGAGAAUGUUCUGGUCAGCAGAGUCGCUCUACUACAAUCCAGCUUGGCACAUCAUCGUCUCUUCCUGGGAAACUAUUGUAUACAGCCCUAUUCUUGAUCUGGACAGAUGGGCUAUCCCCAUUGUCAUAAUGCUAUCGUUUGCGGUUAUUUAUUGGCGGUGCUUCGGUGGUAGAAGGAAACGGUCCAGCCGUUCACUCCUGCCGCUGUACAAGAACUCUUACAAGAACUCAAGCCGCCCAAGAUCAGACUAGUGAUAUGCAAUGCCUAAUGCUUUUUUUGAAAGGAUGGUACAAAAUAUCGAACUAUAGAAGAGGGUAAACUGCCUGUUGGGGUUCAUCCGAUUCAUGCCGUUGGAUGAGCUUGUUUAGUUGUUUUGAUGGUGCCCUGGCAAUGUAUCUCCAAUUCUUUUUGAUGGAUGAAGGUAGUGAAGCCGCUGGCGUGGGGUAGCCCUGCAAUCCUCUGUUGUAAUCCAAGAGUAUUUAGUCAUCUUUUGUAGCUAGGUUGUUCUUACGAGUCACGAUCUCAUUCAUUGAUUAUUGUUCACAUCCACCACAAUUUUACAAGAUUUUCGUUCUUGACAAAUCAUCAAGUAAUUGUAAUAGCGUGUACUGUGAAUGUGACAGUCAUAAUGAGUUCAAAAUGAUAGCAUGCGGAGUUUGGAAA